AUGGCGCUGGGACAGUCAGAGGAGAAGAUCGUUUCUCAGGUGGAGAACCGUCCUGUUAACCACCACUAUGAUGGCGAAGCAGCCGCACGGCCAGAUCAAGAUGCCGCUGACAUGGCCAGGCUGGGUGUAGCCCAAGAGACAAAGGUCUGUAAGCUUCAAACCGUUGCAAUUGUUGGAUAG